AUGCGUGUUAUCAGUUUCACUCUUGCUACUAUCGUGGCCACUGCCUCUAUGGUCAUAGCUGCCCCGGCUGAGGCCAGUGGAGCCGCGACUAAAUGGAUCUGUCCAAAUGGAUGGAAAUACUGCGGCUGUAUCGGAGAUGGUGGCGGCGAUGGUCAAAUCUGUGGUAGCAAUGGUUUGAGUGACCAGAUCUGCCCGGUGAAGAAAUAA